AUGGCCAUAUCCGACCAGUCGAGUGCCAGUGACCAGCAGCAGCUGGUGGUGAUGCCCAAUGAUGAGUACCGGAAGGACGCGUACAUCGACAGCAUGGAGGAGUACCGACGACUGUACAAAGCCUCAGUGGAGAAACCCGCCCAGUUCUGGGCUGGAUUCUGCAAGAACUUCUACUGGAAGGUGCCGCCGCCGAUGGCCAGCUUUCUCAACUACAACUUUGACAUUGGCAAAGGCCCCAUCAAUGUCAAGUGGAUGGAGGGGGCGGUGACCAACAUUUGCUACAACGUCCUCGAUCGGCACAUUGAAGCAGGACUUGCCGACAGGGUCGCCUAUUACUGGGAGGGUAAUGAACAGGAGCAGUCUCGCAGCAUCACCUACGGCAGUCUACGAAAAGAGGUGUGCAAGUUCUCCGCCUUUCUCAGCUCAAAGGGCCUGAAAAAGGGCGACCGCAUAGCCAUCUACAUGCCCGUCACCAUUGACCUGGUGGUGGCCAUGCUAGGCGCCGUCCGAAUUGGCGUCAUUCACACUGUCGUGUUUGCAGGCUUCUCAGCACAGUCGCUUUCUGAGCGCAUCAUUGAUGCCCGUUGCAGUCUGCUGGUCACGAUGGACGGCUCACUGCGCGGAACCAAGUUGAUUCCGCUCAAGGAAAUCGCAGACUCAGCGAUGGACAUCUGCCGAAACAAAGGGCAUCCCCUGAAGUGCUGCAUCGUCCAGCGCCACCUGUGCGUCCACUCGCCCGCCUCUGACAUCAACAACAACCUGGCAAUUAAGUGGAACGCCGCCACGGACGUCUGGUGGGACGUCGCACUGAAGAACAUGCCCGACUACGUGGAGCCUGUGUGGGUAGAGGCGGAGGAUCCACUCUUCAUCCUUCACACGAGCGGCAGCACCGGCAAACCGAAGGGCGUCCUGCACACCGUAGCCGGGUACAUGGUCUACGCGGCGACCACCUUCAAGUACGUCUUCAACUACUGCCCCACGGAUGUCUUCUUCUGCACGGCCGACCUUGGCUGGAUCACCGGUCACACCGUCAACGUCUACGGAGCCCUCGCCAACGCCGCCACCAUUGUGCUCUUUGAGGGAACGCCCUUCUACCCGCACCCUGGCCGACUGUGGGAGGUGGUCGACAAGCUGGGCGUGACGAUCUUCUACACGGCGCCGACGGCGAUUCGCUCGCUGAUGAAGUACGGCGAUGAGGUGGUGGCAAAGUACAGUCUCGACUCGUUGCGCCUUCUGGGCACCGCCGGUGAGCCCAUCAACCCUGAGGCCUGGUGCUGGUACUACCAGAUUGUCGGCAAGAGGCGAUGUCCCAUUGUAGACACCUUCUGGCAAACGGAGACCGCAGCACCGAUGUUGACCCCGUUACCCGGCUGCACCCCGUUGAAGCCCGGCUCAGCAACGUUUCCUUUCUUCGGCGUCGUCCCGGUGAUCCUCGACGCGGACGGCCGGGAGAUUGAGGGGUCGGGAAGCGGCAUACUGGCGAUCAAGAAGCCCUGGCCCUCCAUAGCACGCACCAUUGACUCCAAUCACGAACGCUACGAGAUGACUUACUUCCACAAGUUCAAAGGCUACUUCUGUACGGGAGAUG